AUGCACGCUACCGACGUUGGCUAUCAGUUCAGUUCUAUUGGUGAUAGCAACAUGGUUUUCAAGGUCAUCCUUGUCUGCGCUGCGCUACUUAUAGCAGUGACAGCGGCUCCUACUGAACAGCUGGAUCAAGCAGCUUCCGAGAAAGAAGAUCUUCAAACAGCAGCCUCUCACUGGGGCGGUCACUGGGGAGGCUAUGGAGGCCAUUGGGGAGGUUGGGGAGGGUACUACCCUUACUAUAGCGGAUACUGGUCCUGGCCGCACUACGGUCAUGGUUUCGGAUACGGCUGGCCUUACGGAUUUUACGGGCAUCACGGAUACUGGUAG